AUGGAGUAUACUGCUGGAGACAGUGCCGGAGACAGUGCCGGAGGCAGUGCCGGCGACAAGAACUCGCGCAUAGUAGGAGUGGAUACCAAAAAUCUGAUAGCUCAGAGGCUGCUGCAAUUGAGCCAUGAAGGUAAAGUAGCAUAUGGAGGUUUUGUGAAGACAGCCAAGGCAUUUGGAGUGAGCAGGAAGACAGUACAUAGAAUAUGGGCAGAGGCCAGCAACCAAAUCCAGCUUGGAGUACCUGUGAGCAUACAAGAUCGUGUUAGAGGAUACAAACGCAGUGAUAGAGUUCAGAUAGAUUCAAACAGAGUACGAGCUCUUUCAUUCCUUGAAAGAUCUACCAUCCGCAAACUGGCUUUCAAACUGGAGUUAAGUAAGAGUGCAGUGGGAAGAAAGGUUAAAGCAGGGGAACUGAGGCCACACACAAAUGCGGUGAAGCCCCUACUUACUGCCGCAAACAAGUUAGCAAGAAUGAAAUGGGGUCUCAUUCAUGUUCAGCCUCUGGUGCACAAUGGUAUGCUCAAAUACCACACAAUGCACAAUGUAGUGCACAUAGAUGAAAAAUGGUUUUUCAUGACCAAGGCUACAGAUAGAUAUUACCUGCUGCCAGAUGAAGAAGAACCAUAUAGGUCAUGUAAGUCAAAGCGGUUUAUCACAAAGGUGAUGUUUAUGUGUGCUGUGUGCAGACCAUACUUUGGAGAAGAUGGAGAUGUCAUAUUUGAUGGAAAAAUAGGCAUCUUUCCAUUCACAACAAAAGAGCAAGCCCAAAGAAAAUCGAAGAACAGAGCAAAAGGCACCUUGGAGACAAAACCAAUUCAAUCUGUGAACAAGGAAGUCAUGAGAGACUGCCUUAUCCACAAGAUCAUACCAACAAUCAAGGCUAAAUGGUCAGCCAACAUAAGCAAGGAGAUAUUCAUACAACAAGACAAUGCAAGACCCCACAUCAUGCAUAAUGAUGCUGAAUUUCAGUCAGUUGCAAACACUGAUGGCUUCAAAUUCCAUAUCAUUUGCCAACCAGCCAAUUCCCUAGAUUGUAAUGUGUUGGAUUUAGGUUUUUUCAGAGCAAUACAGUAUAUACAAGAUGACAAACUGGCCAGGGGAGUGGAUGACUUGUUGAGUAAUGUGCAAAGCUCAUUUGAAGAACUUAGUGCACAAACACUCAACAAAGUGUUUCUAACUCUUCAAACUUGUUUAACAGAGAUCUUGAAAGUGGAAGGGGGAAAUGGCUACAAAACUCCACACAUCAACAAAGAUAGGUUGUCAAGGUUAGGAAUACUACCACAGACUCUAGAGAUUGAAGAAAAUGUUGUCAAGGCUGCAGUGACAUAUCUACAACAGAGUGAAAAUGAUGCUGGGACAGCAUAUGACAUCUCACAUAUAUGUAGGGUUGUAGGUUUCUAA